AUGAAUGCGCCACCUACAUUUGAAUCAUUUCUUUUAUACGACGGUGAAAAGAAAGUUCAAAAAGAAGAAGACACAAAAGUUACCAAUGCUGCUAUAUUUACUGUCAACAAAGAAGAUCAUUCACUGGGUAACAUGAUAAGACACCAACUUUUAAAGGAUCCAAAAGUACUUUUUGCUGGAUACAAAGUGCCACAUCCACUCGAACAUAAAUUUGUCUUGCGUAUCCAGACAACAUCUGACUACACACCUCAAGAGGCGUUUAUGAAUGCACUUACAGACCUAACAUCAGAACUAUCUUUAUUUGAGGAGCGGUUUAAGGAAGCAAUUAAGGAGAAGAAAGAUGGGUUGGAU